UAUCGCUGAGCUACAAGUCCAACAUUUUUCCUUUCCUUGUGGUGUCAUUGAUUGUUCUUCAUUCCUCUCUGUUUAGCUUUGUUUUUGAAGUUUUAACAUCAGUAUGUUCAUACAAUACUUGGGUAUAUUGUAGAUUUCACCAAUCCCCUUUUGGCCUGUCUAGAUUUUAAUGGAUACAAAUGAUAUUAUUGUGGUAUUGAGGCAGGCAUCUGAGCUGCAUGCCAAGAUAAGUCAUGCCAUGGAUAGAGUAGUAAGGUAUGGAAGGGAAAUUAAGAUUGCAGAAACAGUCCCGGUGAUAAACAAAGCUAAUGGAAAUUGUAAGAAUGAGGAUAUAAACCAUCUCUCUCCAGAGCAUGCUGUAGCCAUGGAAGUAAGGAGCCUUGCUUCCAUUAGAGAUUCUUUGGAUGUUCUUGAAGACCAACUUUAUUGUCUGCAGAUUUUGCAGGAUCAAAAGCGCGCUGAUAUGGAAGCAGCUUUGACUGACAUGGAGGAAACCAGGGAAAUCCUCCUGCAGAGACUAAGAAAGUACCAAGGAAAAGAGUGGGGAGUUGUACAGGAGGCUCUUGCAUUUGUAGGUGAACCAACGGAUGAAGAACACAAUCCUACCAAAUAUAGCUGUGAUGAAGAUCCUCGUCACCCUCUCAUCAAGCGCCUUGGAUGGUUGGAAGAGAAAAAGGAACAACUGCUCUCUGAAUCUAAAGGCUUUUUAAAAUCUUUAUGCCAUGGAUUGGGUAAAUCAAUGGGUUCGGCUGUUUCUAUGACAUCUAAAACUGCACUUGUAGUAGCUGGUAUUGUGAUUCUUUCGGCAGUAUCUAAGAUGGGCAAGAACCAACUAAGGAAUAGGGAUACUCGUAAAGUCAUUGCUGGUCCAUCUUGCCCACCAAAUGAUCAGAAUCUCAAGAACCCAAUGUAGGGUUGAAUCUUAAAUUUUAAGGGUUCAUUCAUAAUGUCGUUGUCUACAUUUUCUUUUGGAAAUCAAAUGUUUCAUAGUUCGCACACUAAUAAAAGAGAA